AUGCGGGAGGCGGCGCUGGGCGUCGUGGGCGGCGUCGGCCGCGGCCUCGCCGGCGGAGUCGGUGAAGUCCAAGGAGUUGGAAGGAAGUUAGUGAAAGGAGCUACGUGGGUGGCGGGCGCGGUGUCUGGAGAGACGGCGGGCCGCUUCCUGGAGCUGGUGGGCCUCAACAGCACCUGCGCGGGGGAGGCGGAGGCCGGCUGCCGGCGCGUCGUCGACGAGCUGGUCACUGAGUACCUGGACGUGGACGACGUGUCGCUCACUCCACAGGGCAUCUACGAGGCGCUCAAGAAGCGCAUCGUCGUGCACCCUGGCACAAAGUGGUGCGGUGCGGGCAACGUGGCCCGCAGCGAGCAGGACUCGGGCGUGCUGGCGGCAACGGACGCGUGCUGCCGCCGCCACGACGGCUGCCCGGAGAACCUCGCCGUCGGCGAGGAGCGCUACGGACUCACCAACACCUGCACCUUCACCAGAUCCCAUUGUGAGUGCGACCGCGAAUUCUACCGCUGCCUGAAAGAUGCCAACACGCUAGUGUCCCUCAAGGUGGGCGUCAUCUACUUCAGCAUCCUGCGACCCCAGUGCUACGAGGAGACUUAUCCAGUAGCCAGAUGCAAGAGCUAUUCGCUGCUGGGCGAGACACCGCACUGCAGCGAGUACGAACUGGACAGGAGCGGCGAGCCCCGCUGGCAGUGGCUGGACAACCCGCAUUUCUGACGUCAAUACCGGCCGGCGCCGUGUUGGAACUGGAGGCCACAGCUCACCUCACCAUCUCGCAACACUGCUUCAAUCUACAGCUCCGUUUCUUGCAACUCUUACUGUUGAGGUUGCUCCACAAUGCCCAAUAAACUUUUUUCUUUAUAAAGAAAAUCCCAGAGGUUCUUGUUAAAAGUAUGCACAUAAUUUGUUGAUUUUGUGGGAAAAAAUUUGGGCCGAUCCUUUUCUUCUGUCCAUUAAUAUGGUUUUUACUUUAACAGCAGCAUAUGACAAUGUAACGGGUGCUUAUAAUUGAAGUGCAGCUACUCAAAGAGGUCCAUUAUUGGCUAUAGUUAUCAUAGGACAGGGAAAUUUGGUAGACAUUCAAAUGUGUUAGAGUGCAACCAGUUUUGGCCACCAGAGGCAAAUCUGACAUUGUGAAUGAAAGAAAUUCGUAUAGAAAUAUUUACAUUUGUAAUAGAUUAGGAAUGGAACUUGAGCAUAAAGGGUCAAACACGUGAUAAAAGCA